AUGGCCGCCCGGCUGCCCUCGCCGCGCGCCCUCGUGGCGCCGGCGGCCGAGGCAGGCGCCCCGACCGCCCUCGAGCGCGUGGCUGUGGGCCUGCGGCACCGCUCUCUCUUGGAUGACGACGUCCAAGCGCUGCUUCCGGCGCUGAUCCGUGGCGUUCGCGCCCAGGACGCGUCGUCGCGGCACCUGGCCCUGCUGUGUGCGCCGCACGUCCGCCGCGCGCUGGAGGAGCACACCGGCGUGCCGCCGAAGCUGCUCUCGCUCGCGCUGUGUGUGCGCACGCACCUCGAGGACCCGUGGCGCGUAUGGACGGCCCUCCGCGCCGCGCACCCAGCAUGGACGCCGCACCGCGACGACUGGGCGUGGAUCGUGCGUGUCCUGUGCACGCGCGAUGCUGAGCGCGCUUGGUCCGUGUGGCUCGAGCUACGUGCGUGCGGCGCCGAUGUGCGUGCGCCGACAAUCAAUGUGCUACUGCAUGCGCUGCAGGCACGCGCCGAAGCCACCGUCCUCGUCACCGACGUCGGCGUUCGCGCGCUCGACCUGGUCGGCCUCAGCACGUACGUGCACGCCCAUAUGAAGGCGGACGUGCCUGCGACGCCUGCCGUGCAUGCGGCCGCGGCCGAGCUGCAUGCGCGCCUCCGCCGCCCGGAUACCCACGAUACCCCCGCGUGGCACGCCAUGCUCCUCUACACGGGGCGGCAGCACGGCGGGCAUGCUGCGCUCACGCUCGUGCAGGACGCCAUGGCACACCACGGCCUCACCCCGGAUGCCUAUACCGUGCCGACCCUCUUGCUCGCGCACGCAGCGGAGCUCGCGGACGUGACGACAUGCGAUGCAGCACUGCACCUCCUGCACCGCAUCCACACCCUCGUGCGCGUCCCGCCAAGCGCGCACGCGCUCGCGAUUGUGCUGCGUGCCGUCCUAGGCCCCGCGCCGGACCCCAACCAGGUGUUCGAGGCCCAUGCCCUCUACACCGAGGCGCGCAGUCUCUACGGCGUGACGCCCGACGCCGCGCUCGUGCAGCCGCUCGUCGAGGCGCACUGCGCCGCGUUUGUGCCCGAUCUUGAUCGGGCGCACGCCCUGCUCGACGACGUGCUGGGCGAGCCGCGGCCCUCGGGGCUCAGCCGCCUGUGGCGCGCCCGUGUGCCGCGCCCGGUGGAUCUCGGUCUCUUCUACCCCCUGCUCCGUGCGUGCGCGGCACUGCACGAUGUGCCGCGCGCCGUGGGCCUCCUACGGCGCAUGCGCGCGUGCCGUGUGCGGGUGCCGCCGCAUGCCGCGUGGGCGCUCGCGCGGAGCCUGGGCGAGGCGAGUCGCUCGUGGGCGGACGUCGGGCACGUGUACGGUGCCCUGCACGCCCUGCGCGCCUGGGACAGCGACGCGUGGGCGCGCGUCCUUGCGUGGAUGUGCCGGUGGCGCAUGGCCGACGGCGCGCCGGCGCCGCCGGCGCUGCCGCUCCAGGUGCUCGCGGACAUGCGCGAGGCGGGUGUGCACCCGCGGCCCGCGACCUACACGGUGCUACUGGACUUUUGUGCCAAGACCCACGCCCACCUCGCGAGCAUCCAGGCGGUGCACGCGGUGAUCCAGCGCGACGUGCAGCUGGAGCCGGAUCUCGUGCUGGUGCAUGCGCUGAUGAAUGCAUACAACUAUGCCGGCGCGCCUGCGCAGGUGCUCGGGAUCUUUGACGCCCUCCUUGUGCUGUGCCAGAACGCGCACCACACGCGCUUCCUCGACGACGUGACGCUGACGAUCGUGUGCGACACGUGCGGGCGCGCUGGCCUCCUCGACGCCAUGCGCGAGGCUGUCGCCGCGGCGCGCGCGCUGGACGCGCGCCUGAUCACGAAGAAUGUGUGGGACGCCUGGGUCGAGGGCCUCGCGCGGUGCGGGCGGCUCGACGAGGCCGUGGCCGCCGCGCUCGACGAGAUGCCCCGCACGCCAGCGACGAGCCCCGACGCCAAGACGCUGCAGACGCUCCUCAAGUUUGCGCGCGGGCGGACGCCCGCGCACGCGCACAUCGUCGCGCGGAUCCAGGCGGAGCUGCCGCACGUGUGGGACGCGUCGCUCGCUAGUUGA